GGGAGGCCGCCCUCCUCGCCGUUUGGGGAAGAUUUGGGCGCCAAUCCACGCGAGUUGUUCAGGACUUCGACAGCCUCACGCGGCGCCAGGAGGCCAUGGCAGAUGCGCGAAGGAAGGCGGCCGAGGACGAGGUGCGGCGGGAAGCGUAUGAAGCUGAGAAGGCAAGGCAGGCCACCAUCGCCAGGUCGAAGGAGGAAGCCGCGAGGAGAGCCAUGCGGAGCUCCGGCGGUGAUUCCUUUGGUUACGCCUCCUCCCCGCAGCCGCAGGCUCCAGGAUCGCAGGCGUUCACCUGGAAGAAGGCGGACCAAGCGGCUGGCAAGGGCCUGUCCUUCGGCGGGAGCCUGAAGUCCACGCCACCGCCCGCAGCAGCACCAGCACCAGCAGCAGACUCCAGGCGACCAGGCCAUGAUGCGUGCGAGCAGGCCAUCAGCGCCAUGAUCAGCCGCACCUACAACGGCAUGAAGGAGGGUCUGCAGAUGUUGGGCCUCCCGGACUACCCCCUGUCCUUUGCCCCGGGCCGGGAGCUCAAGCUUUGCGGGCACCACGUCCGGGAGGAGAUCAACGAGAUGAUCCACCACUGGAUGACCGAUGAGAAGGAAGACUUCUACACCGCACUGGCCAAGAUCAAAGGCGUCGUCUCGAAGCCAAUCCUGACGGAGGAGGAGCUGGACUUGCUCGAUGGCAAGGACCGGAGUGGCAAAGAGUCAUCGGCCCGGACGGACAGCCAAGAUACACAAGGAGGCAAGAUGGGCCGGCACCGGGAUUCGUGGCGGAGGAUGAUGACGACGAUGACGAAGUCAUAGAUAUUGCUCCAGAUGGAACUCGUCUCAGCCAACGCCAGCUGCUGCGCCUGCGCAGGCUCCGCAUGCUCCGACUCGGGAGGAGGACUACUAUAGCCUUCUCGGUGUGAGCACCACAGCCUCUUUGCAAGAGAUCCGCAGCAAGUUCAGAGCGCUUGUUAUGACAGCGCAUCCCGAGAAGGGUGGAGAUCCGAAGACAUUUCAGAGGCUCAACAAGGCGUAUGGAGUCUUGUCCGAUCAGAAGAAGCGGCAAGAGUAUGACGAGAGCCUUAGGUAGUUAGUUUAAGUGUAUGCGGGCGGAAUGAGUGUCAGGCCGCCGGAGUCUUCGCAG